GUUUCUCACAUUUCGCUGAUAACAGUGGGUGUGUGUGUUUUGUUGCAUUUAAACAUGAUAAAAUUGUUUAAAACCAGUUAUAACAAAACAUUCAGCAGUAAAACAUUACUUAAAAGUGUACUUAAAGUUUUAUAAUUAGUUUUAACGUAGUGUAUAUAGUACUUAAGUGCCCUGGAAUUGUAUAUAGUAGGCUUUAUUUAUUAUUUAUCAAACAAAUGCUCAACGAAAUCGAUUAAUUUAUUAACAAAUACAUAAUUCAUGGACUGUACUUAUAUUUGCAAAGAUAAAUUAUGUCUGGAGACAAAAAUCCAUUGAUUGGCGUGAUAGAUGUCGGUACAAGAACUGUUAGUUUUGUGGUAUUUCGAGCAAGACAUACUGAAGAACUAAUAGCUGAGAGUAUCGAUAUCACAUUAAUAACACCGCAUGAUGGCUGGGCUGAACAAUGUCCGAUAGAAAUAUUGCGUGCUGUUAAUACUUGUGUUAGCAAAGUUUGUGAAAGACUUCCAGAAUAUGAAUAUACUGUGAAAGAUAUUGUUGCACUAGGCGUUACAAAUCAACGUGAAACAACCAUAGUUUGGGAUAAAGUAACAGGCAGACCAUUACAUAAUGCUAUAGUGUGGAAUGACAUCAGAACAGACCGGACUGUGGAUUUAGUACUAGCUCGUUUACCUGAUCAAAAUAAAAAUCAUUUCAAACAAAUAUCUGGUCUUCCAGUAUCACCUUAUUUUAGUGCUUUGAAACUUCGCUGGCUAAUUGACAAUGUUUCAAAUGUUAGAAAAGCUUGUAAAGAAAAUUUAUGUAUGGCCGGUACAAUGGACAGCUGGAUUGUCUGGAACAUAACUGGUGGACCAAAUGGAGGUAAGCAUGUGACUGAUGUAACAAAUGCUUCUAGAACAUUGUUGAUGAAUAUAGCGACAUUAAAUUGGGAACCUGUUUUGCUAAGAGCUUUUGGUAUAGAUAAAUCCAUUCUGCCGAAAAUUAUAAGCAGUUCUGAAAUUGUUGGAACAGUGAAUGAUGGAUCUCCUUUACAAGGAAUUAAAAUUAGUGCUAUUUUAGGUAAUCAACAAUCAGCUCUAGUGGGCCAUAAAUGUUUUAAAAGGGGUCAGGCAAAAAAUACUUAUCGAAGUGGAUGUUUUUUAUUAUAUAAUACUGGGAAAGACAGAGUAAAUAGUAUGCAUGGGUUAGUGACAACUGUUGCUUAUAAAAUGGGAAAGAAUGCUGAUCCUGUGUAUGCAUUGGAAGGGUCUGUUGCUGUAGCAGGUGCGGCUAUGAAAUGGCUACGGGAUAAUAUGAGAAUAAUAAAAGAUAUUCCAACUGAAACUGAAAGUAUAGCUAAAUCUGUAUUUAAUACUGGAGAUGUUUAUUUUGUGCCUGCAUUUACUGGUCUUUAUGCCCCAUAUUGGAGAAAAGACGCUAGAGGGAUUAUAUGUGGAUUAACUGCAUUUACAACUAAAAAUCACAUAAUUAGGGCAUCUCUUGAAGCUGUAUGCUUCCAAACUAGGGAUAUUCUGGAAGCAAUGAAUAAAGACUGCGGAUUCCCACUUUCCAAACUUCAUGUAGAUGGAAAAAUGACAUCAAAUAAUUUACUGAUGCAACUACAAGCAGAUUUAGUUGGAAUACCUGUAUAUAGAGCACAAACAGCUGACAUAACGGCUUUAGGCGCAGCAAUGGCUGCAGGUCAAGCAAAGGGCAUUGAGGUCUGGCCUUUAGAUUUAGAAUGUCGUGAUACUAUUCCUAAUGAAGUAUUUUUACCUGAUACAACACCAGCAGAGAGGAAUGCACGUUAUACAAAGUGGAAAAUGGCUGUGCAGCGUUCACUAGGAUGGGCAACUAUGAAGAAAUCUAAAGCAAUGACUGAUGAGCGUUAUCAAUUAUUAGCAUCUAUUCCUGCGAGUCUUUACAUAAUAGGCAGUUUUUGUUUACUGGCGUUAUCUCAAUCAAUGCGUAAAUAAUGAUGAUGCAUUUAAAUGAUGUGUACAUACAUUAUUGGUGCUUGUUGAUAUUGCAUUUUCAAAAAAGGUGUAAAAGUAGAAAUUAAGAUCAU